AUGUCCUUCCAUCGCCUCGGUCUGCGCAUGGCGCAGCAGCAGACCCGAUCAUCGGUCCUCCGAAGCCACUUCGCCCGCCGAUUUCAGUCCACCGAAGCCGCUAACCCGAAGCUCCCCAGACCCGGCGACAAGCUCGUGGGAGCUGCAGACAAUGCCUUCAACCGCGAGAGAGCAGCAGUCAAGGCCCACGCCGCUGCUACAAGUGGUCUCUGGCGCAAACUAUCCAUUUACGUCGUCAUUCCCUGCCUGAUUCUUGGCAGCAUCAACGCUUAUAACCUCUGGAACGAGCAUUGGGAGCAUUGGGAGCACAUGCCACCCCUAGAAGAGCGUGUCGAGUACCCCUACCAGAACAUUCGGACCAAGAAUUUCUUCUGGGGCGAUGGCGAUAAGACCAUGUUCUGGAAUGACAAGGUCAACUACCACAACAAGGACAAGGUGACCUAA